CACCCGGCAUAAACCACCAAUGAGGCAGAGAAGAAGGAUGAUGAAAAUGCAGGAAGUAAUUAAUUAGCUAAGGAGAGUCAGUCAAGAAAACUGAUGUACUUUCAAGGCUACGAUGUCCUGCUUUGAGAGUGAUAAGAGCAGCCUGGAGAAUGAUGAAGCGUGUUGUGGUGGGGCGGCCGCGUCACAGCUGUCCAACUGUGCGCUGGCCAUGCUGGAGAAAGAGAGCAGCGACUCUGCGCUGAGCCCCACGGAGAGUACCCCCACCAGCCUACAGGGCGGCGCCCCACUGCAAGGCUACGACGUGGAGUUCGACCCUCCGCUGGAGAGCAAGUACGAGUGCCCCAUCUGCCUCAUGGCCCUGAGGGCAGCCGUGCAGACGCCGUGCGGCCAUCGCUUCUGCCGUAGCUGCAUUGAGAAGUCCAUCCGUGAUACAGGGCAGAGGUGUCCAGUGGAUAACGAGGUACUACGGGAAGACCAGCUGUUUCCAGAUAACUUUGCCAAGCGGGAGAUCCUCUCCCUAACGGUGCGCUGCACCAACGUAGGCUGCACUGACAAAAUGGAGCUUCGCCGCCUGGAUGGCCAUGUUACGAAAUGUGAGUUUGCCACCGUGCCUUGUCCGCUGUGCCAGGACGCGGUGUGGAAGAGCCAGCUGGAGAUGCACCAAAGCCAACACUGCCAGCGGAGACCUGUGUCCUGUCCCGACUGUGUAGAGAGCUUUGUUUAUGAGGACAGCAAGAUUCAUGAGUCGCUGUGUCCCUUUGCCAACGUGGUGUGUCAGUACUGCGGUAUGGAGCUCAUCAGAGACCAGUUGGAAUCUCACUAUGACACAGACUGUCCGAAGGCUCCGAUUGCCUGUACCUUCAGCACUUUUGGAUGUCGAGAGAUGAUGCAGCGCAAUGACCUGGCGCAGCACAUGCAGGAGUUCACUCAGAUGCACAUGCGCUGCAUGGCUGAGUACCUGCACAGGCACAGCCUUACCGGGUACACCCAGCCACCUUCUUCUGAGGACCGAGGGGCUGCCGCCGCAGAGCUGGGGGCACACCCAGGAGCUAGCAGCAGUGGCGCCCCCUGCCAGUGCUGCGGGGAACUGCAGACCAUGCGGGAGACCACCCAGCAGCUGGAGGGACGACUAGUACGGCAGGACCACCAGCUACGUGAGCUGAGCAUUCAGGCGGGGCUGGUGGCGGAGCUCCGUCGCAAGGUCACCUCGCUGGAGGAGAACCUAAAGGAGCUGGAGGCCAAGCAGUGCCAGGGUGUGUACGUGUGGCCCUUGGAGGGCUUCUCGGGCUACCUACGUACCCAGGCUGCCGGACAGCCUGUUGUGGUGCAUAGCCCGGGCUUCUACACGGGCCGGCCGGGCUACAAGCUGUGUCUGCGCCUCCACCUCCAAACGCCCUCGGCACAGCGCUGCUCCAACUACAUCUCACUGUUCGUUCACACCAUGCAGGGUGAAUUUGAUGGGCAGCUGUCGUGGCCCUUCCAAGGCACCAUCCGGCUGGCCGUGCUGGACCAGGGGCCUGAGGGCCAGCACCAUGUGGAGGUGAUGGAGACCAAGCCCGACCUGCAGGCAUUCCAGAGGCCCACCAUCCAGAGGAACCCCAAGGGCUUUGGCUACGUCACCUUUCUGCACUUGAUGGAGCUACCACAGCGGGGGUUUGUGCACGACGACACGCUGCUGGUGCGCUGCGAGGUGACGCCGCGCUUCGACACUGCCCUAAGGCGCGAGGGAGCGGCCUUGCAGCCCAGAGGGCCCGAGGCCUCGCUGUGAGGACACUUUUAACGUUCCAAGUGACGAGGUCAAUCGCCACCAACGUUAUCAGUACAAAGUAUCAGUUUGCCAUUUCCCUGAGUUGUUGUAUCACACAGGAUCAUUGCAUUGGGUUCAGUCAUGACCAACAUCAUGGGAAAGUGUACGGCUCAGUUGUGGGUUUUAUCUCCAACUCCAAAAGGCUUUUCUUUGCUGUAGCUGUUGAGUGAUGGACUGGAUGUUGGUGGCGAUGAACACCAAGGUUUCCUGCAACAAGUCGAGAGCUUGGGGCUGUAUGGGUUUUAUCUGCAUUUUUGUCAAAAUUGAGUUAUUGACAUUAGCCUUAUUCUGUUCAAUGUUCUCUACCUAUAUAUUCCUCUAAAUACCCCCAAUUCAUGUUAAGUUCAAAAGAAUAUAAGAUCAACAAAAAAAAUGGCUGACACCAUUUAAACCAAUGAGGGUUCAGAACUUUAAAGCCGAUCUCACAAUCAUCUAUUUGCAGACAGAACGUUCUAGUCCCAAGCUCUGUGUUCCAUCACUGAUCCAGCAAUGUGUCGCAGGCUACUGUACUGCUCUACAUAGAUAGGAUUUCAAAAUGUCUUAUGGUGCCUACAUUAGGUUGUAAUAAACAUGACUUUGGUUUCAGUGCAUCGUUCUUUGUGACAGCUUUGUAGUGGAGACCGACAAAGUCUCGUUAAUUAUCAUAACAUGCUAUUACAGUUUAUGAUAUUUAUGUCAAGCUCAAAGUCAUGUUUAUUACAACUUUAUGUUGGCAUAAAAGAAGCAAAUUCAAAUAAGAUGUUAAUAGAAGUGUAUUUCUGUUGGAGAUUAGGAAGGGGACAGAGAGUGAUGUAGGACAGAGAGAUACUCAAUCAAAUGAAUCCCUUUUAGCGCUUUCUACAAAACACAGCGAGGGCAGGGGCAGGACCAUCUGUAGGCAGGAGAUGACCACACGCAGAACUACCUAUCAACUUAUUGUACAUCCUGGAUGACGAGAGUUAGGAUCACUGGCAUUUCCCUGGUCUUCUGGUUGGAGGAUCAUACAGGGAAGAUGGGGCAACGUCCUAACCUGGUCUUCUGGUUGGAGGAUCAUACAGGGAAGAUGGGGCAACGUCCUAACCUGGUCUUCUGGUUGGAGGAUCAUACAGGAAAGAUGGGGCAACGUCCUAACCUGGUCUUCUGGUUGGAGGAUCAUACAGGGAAGAUGGGGCAACGUCCUAACCUGGUCUUCUGGUUGGAGGAUCAUACAGGGAAGAUGGGGCAACGUCCUAACCUGGUCUUCUGGUUGGAGGAUCAUACAGGGAAGAUGGGGCAACGUCCUAUCUGGUCUUCUGGUUGGAGGAUCAUACAGGGAAGAUGGGGCAACGUCCUAACCUGGUCUUCUGGUUGGAGGAUCAUACAGGAAAGAUGGGGCAACGGUCCUAACCUGGUCUUCUGGUUGGAGGAUCAAGAUGGGGCAACGUCCUAACCUGGGUCUUAAGACCUUUUCCCAGACAAAAGAGCUGUGCAUUAAGACGUCUUCUGGAGAAGAGAUUUCCUGAACAAUGGCUGUGCGUUAGGACAUACAAUAAGCAGUGACAUAUGAAUGAGUUGGUAUACACAGUGGUGUAAAGUACUUAAGUACUACUUGUGUUUUUCUUUUGGUGGUAUCUGUACUUUACUAUUUAUAUUUUUGACAACUUUUACUCCACUACAUUUCUAAAGAAAAUAAUGUACAUUUUACUCCAUACAUUUUCCCUGACACACAAAUGUACUUGUUACAUUUGGAAAUGCUCAGGCAGGACAGCAAUAUGGGCUAAUCAUGCACCUAUCUUUUUUUUUUUACCUUUUAUUUUAACUGGGAAGAAAUUGAGGCCUAGGUUUCUUUUCCAGAUGUGCCCUGUAAAAUACAAUAUAAAUAUACACAUUAUACACAAUAUAUUACAAUACAAAACGCAGUCAUGUUAAGCACUAUUAAAACAUCACAAAUCAUUCAGAAAAAGUUACAUUCCUCCACAAGUCCCCAAUCAAUACAUUAAAUUGCCUCAAACAGCACCAGAACAUCAAAAUGAAAUGUAUUUAUAUUUUUGGGGGCAAUAUGGUGCAUUUAAGCUAAAAUCAGAUUUACCUAGUUCGGUGGAGACCCUAGGAACGUCGAGUAACGGGUUAGGCAACUCGGGUGUCUAUACUUCAAAAGAAAAGUUCGAUAAGACGGAAGUUUAUGAAGCAGGACCUUGUAAACAAAAAGGUUGUGAUGUAGAGACCUACGAGUCUUUAGCGAAGUCCAGACAACCUUUUGAUACAGGAUGCAGUGUUGUGAUGAGUAUCAAAUCUGUCGCCCAUAACAACGAAGGGCAACGUGGUAGAUGGAAUCCAUAGCUUUAAGACUAGUAGCAACUGUAUUUGGAUAAAUAAUCACCAUAAUCAAGAACAGAUAAAAAGGUUGACUGAAUGAUCUGCUUCCUACUGCUGAGAGAAAGGCCCCAUCGCUUUCUGUAGAAAAAAAGACCGCUUAGCUUCUUAACCAGCUCAUCUAUGUUAAUUUAAAACGUCAAAUCCAUAUCAAUCCAAAUGCCUUAUUGUUUAUAUGCCGGAACACGUUCGAUUAGAGAACCAUCUAAUGAGUGAACAUGUAGUUCAUCUGAAACGUUCUUACGAGAGUUUAAAAACAUGUAUUUAGUUUUGUCCAUAUUAAGCACACGUUUUAAAUCAGCUAGGGAUUCCUACAUAGCUAUAAAAUCGGACUAGUUUUGACACAGCCAGAUCAAUAGGGACGGCAGGUAGCCUAGUGGUUAGAGCGUUGGACUAGUAACUGGAAGGUUUCUAGAUCGAAUCCCUGAGCUGACAAGGUAAAAAUCUGUUGUUCUGCCCUUGAACAAGGCAGUUAACCCACUGUUCCUAGGCCGUCAUUGUAAAAAAGAAUUUGUUCUUAACUGACUGGCCUAGUUAAAUUUUAAAAAACUAGUCGGGGCAAUAGUGUACAUAAUAGUAUCAUCCACAUUGAAAUGAAGUUAACAGAUUGACCAAUGGUGUUAAUGUAAAUAGUGAAUAGAACAGGUCCCAAAAUCAGGAUUUGACAGUUUUUCAGAAUUUACCCGGGUUCCCAUUACAAUCCCAAAGAGCAGUUGCAUAAUCCCAUUUAGCCUUGCUGAUUUGUCUUGCACAAUAGUUCCUCAGUUGCUUAAAGCUUGCCGGGCCUGAGCCUGUGUUCCUGGUCUUGACCCAAGCAUCGUCUCUUUUAUAAAUGACUUCUGAUCAUUCUGGAGUGUACCAGGCAUUCCAUCUACCUUUAACUCUUCAUUUUUUUGAAGGGAGCAUGAUUAUCCACAAUAGUAUUGAAGACAUCUGCAAAAAGGCUGAAAGCUAAAUCAUGUUGAUGGAUAGCUUGAUGAGGCUAUGGAGCUAUGGAGACAUCCUCACUCACCAGAAUGGAUAACUUACUCUCAUACGUUCAAUCCCACUGGACUUUUGAUUGUUUCUUGUGGAAUAAGUUGAAUAUAUUUGUGUGGACAUAUAUGCCUUACUGUGUUGUUUUGCUUUGCCACAUGUUGCAGUAUGACAUUAGUGCCGUGUUGCAAACAGGAUGUAAGUUUUGGAAUAUUUUCUUAUUCUGAACAGAUUUCCUUCUUUUCACUCUGUCAUUUAGGUUAGUAUUGUUGCGUACCUACAAUGUUGUUUUCUCCUAUCACAGCCAUUCAACUCUGUAACUGUUUUAAAGUCACCGUUGGCCUCAUGGUGAAAUCCCUGAGUGGUUUCCUUCCUCCCCAGCAGCUGAGUUAGGAACGACGCAUGUAUCUUGUAUGUAAUCCCACUUUGACAUUAUUGUGUGUAGGCCAGUGACAAAAACAUCUCAUUUUAAUCCAUUUUAAAUUCAGGCUGUAACACAACAAAAUGUGGAAAAAGUCACGGGGUGUGAAUACUUUCUGAAGGUCCUGUAUGUUGUCCUGUCUGAAAUAUGCUAGGCUGUAGCAGGAUCUAUGGGUGCCUUUCUCUGAGAAGGAAUGAAUGUCCAACAUCAAUGUCCAAUGUCCAACAACAUGGACACUUGCGCGAUGUAUGGUUGUCUCUACCUUCUUGCCCUUUGUGCUGUUGUCUGUGCCCAAUAAUGUUUGUACCAUGUUUUGUGCUGCUACCAUGUUGUGAUGGUGCCAUGUUGUGUUGCUACCAUGUUGUCAAUUUGUGUUGCUACCAUACUGUGUUAUGUUGUGUUGCUGCCGUGCUGUUGUCUUAGGUCUCUCUUUAUGUAGUCUUGUCUCUCUUGUCAUGAUGUUUGUUUUGUCCUAUAUUUAGUAUUUUUAAUCACAGCACCCGUCACCGCAGGAAGCCUUUUGUCUUUUGGUAGGCCGUCAUUGUAAAUAAGAAUUUGUUCUUAACUGACUUGCCAAGUUAAAUAAAGGUUAAAUAAAUAAAUCUAGCAAAUGAGAUUCAUA